CCUCGUGAGUUUCAGUUUGACAAGAUCUUUAACUCAGAGUGUACACAAGAGGAGGUCUUUCUGGAGUCCAGUGGGUAAGUGUGCUAUACUAUUACUGUUCAUACAGUACAUUUUUAUCCAUUUUGCUGAUAAAAUGCGAACUUCUCCUAGGCUAAUCCAGUGUGCGAUUGAUGGCUUCAAUGUAUGCAUCUUUGCAUACGGCCAUACAGGAUCAGGAAAAACCUUCACGAUGGUUGGAGACAGAGAUCAGAGAAACCCAGGCAUCAUUCCCAGAACCUUCACCAAGAUCUUUGAGAUCAUCCAGGAGAAUGAGUCUAAAUUUGAUUUUAAGGUUUCAGCCUACAUGUUAGAGCUGUACAAUGACCGUCUACAAGAUCUGUUUGUAAGCCCAUCUGAAGCGUUCAGCAAGCGGAUCGAAAUAAAGAGGGACCGAAAAGGUCUUAUGUAUGCCCAGGGAGCAGAGACAAAGGAGGCGACCAGUGCCAGCGAACUCUUUGUAUUAUUCGAGCAGGGAUGCGCAAACCGUCACAUCGCAGCCACCAAGAUGAAUGUUGAAAGUUCUCGUUCUCACCUGAUCAUUGGCGUCAUGAUCGAGAGCUGCAGUCUAACCAAUGGGAGCGUGAGCUAUGGGAAACUCAGUCUUGUGGACCUGGCAGGAAGUGAACGAGCAGCAAAAACAGGAGCCAAAGACGACCAGCUCAAGGAAGCAAACUCUAUUAACAAAUCUCUGAGUGCUCUUGGAGAUGUAAUUUCAGCUUUAUCAAUGGAGCAGCCUCAUGUUCCAUACCGUAACAAUAAGCUGACCCAACUCAUGCAAGACUCACUGGGAGGCAAUGCCAAGACCCUCAUGUUCCUCAACAUCUCCCCCUCUGACAGCGACCUAGACGAGACUCUUACCUCACUCAUCUAUGCAACUCGAGUAAAAGCCAUUACCAACAGUGCUCAGAGGAACAUAGACAACAAAGAGAUCGCCCAGCUGAAAGAGGUGAUUUUAAAACUGAAGUCAGGCCAGCCUGUUGAAGAAGACGCAUAAGCUUCAUGACAUACUGUAUAAUCCUGGAUAAUAUAGCUUUGUUUUCAAUAAAAGCCUGUUUUCUUUUUAAAACUUAUGAACCUGAAACUGAACCCUAAGCCUUGAACUCAAAAUUUUUAACUCGAGUUGAAGCUAGAGUACGUGUAU